CGGUCAAUGUCCCAUCGGACACCGCUUCGUCUGGCAGUGGUUCGAUCUAUCUCCAGAUCAGCGCUCCAAGUGGAACAGAAUGGGUCGGGUUCGGCCAAGGAUCACAAAUGUCCGGGGCGAACAUGUUCAUUGUCUACGCUGCCGACAGCAACAAUGUGACCGUAUCGCCACGAUCAGGCACCGGGCACUUCGAACCAAAGGUGGACAGCGAUGCCAAAAUCUCCGUGCUCGAGGGAACGGGCAUCACUUCAGGCGGCAACUUGGUCGCCAACAUAAGAUGCGACUCAUGCUUGAGCUGGAAUGGGGGCAGCAUGAAACCCACAGACUCCUCCAGCUCCUGGAUCUGGGCCUACAAGACUGGCAACGCUCUAGACUCGACCAGCGUUGACGCAUCCAUCUCCCAGCACGAUUCGAUGGGAGCAUUCAGCCUCGACCUGACCAAGGGAACUGGAGGAAGCUCACCAAACCCCUUCGUCGCCGCUUCAGGCGGUUCCUCGGGCGGUUCUUCCUCGGCAGCUCCAUCGGGCACGUCGGCUCCUUCGCAGACGGCUGCCGCUUCAGGGACUGCCACAGCGACCACCGGCAGCGCCGGCCCAACCUCCACGGGGGGUGUCUCUAAUCCCUUGGUCGGCAGCAACCCGUCCUCGUCCGGCUCCAGCCACAGCGUCAGCGCCGACCCUAACAAAACCACCCGAGUUGCUCACGCGACCAUUAUGUCUCUGACGUUUGUGCUCUUGUUCCCCUUGUCCUCGUUGACCAUCUACCUGGGUUACCGCGAGAAGGUCAGACACGUUCACGGUCCUCUCCAAGUGGUGAGCAUCAUCCUGAUGCUGGUCGGCCUUGGCUUGGGCGUAAAGCUGGCAGAUAAACUCGACGAGAUUGACGGGUACCAUCAAGUCAUCGGCUUCGUUGUUGUCGCCUGGAUGGUAUUCUUCCAGCCACUGUUGGGAUUGUUGCAACACUUGCACUUCCGGAAGAAUGGAACCCGCAGCCCCAUGGGCCACGGCCACCGUUGGGUCGGCCGGGCUUUUAUCCUACUCGGUAUUGUCAAUGGUGGUCUUGGCUUCAAGCAGGCCGGCAAGGUUAACAGUGUCAACGUGCCGACGUAUUCGGUGGUCGUCUACAGCGUCUUCGCGGUCGUCAUCUUCUUGAUCUACAUUGCUGUUGUCAUCUUCAUGCCGAGAAUGUCAGCACGAAACGGCUCGAAUGCGCCUCUCGGCGAGAAGCCUCGGCCAAGGAGUCAAGGAUACGAGAUGCACAACCGCUCCGCUGAUGGCCGUGGUUAUUCAUAGAUAUAGUCUUAAGCAGGAGGUCUUUCUUUUGUUGUGAUGCGAUGAAUGUCGCGGGAUCUUGUAUGAAUUGUUUCUCCGAUCUCAACCAGUUGUUCGUCUGGAAUAGGGGUCUGGUUUUGGCGCACUUUUAUUGAUGUGACGGAGUAUGGCAUGGGGAAUGGGAAAUGGAAAAAGAUUUCGGAUGCUAGAUGACUGAAAUGCCAUAGACAUGAAGAACG